ACUGUCUGCAGUCUCUGGUCAUCUCCUGUACUGUCCACAGUCUCUGGUCAUCCCCUAUACUGUCCGCAGUCUCUUGGUCAUCCCCUAUACUGUCUGCAGUCUCUGGUCAUCUCCUGUAUACGUCCGCAGUCUCUGUACGUCCGCAGUCUCUGGUCAUCUCCUGUAGUACGUCCGCAGUCUUUGGUCAUCUCCUGUAGUACAUCUACAGUCUCUGGUCAUCUCCUGUAGUACGUCCACAGUCUCUGGUCAUCUCCUGUACUAUGUCCGCAGUCUCUGGUCAUCUCAUGUACUGUGUCCGCAGUGACUGGUCAUCUCCUGUAGUACGUCCGCAGUCUCUGGUCAUCUCCUGUAGUACGUCUGCAGUCUCUGGUCAUCUCCUGUAGUACGUUUGCAGUCUCUGGUCAUCUCCUGUAGUACG